AUGUCUCUGACAGAAGUAUUAACACGGAAGACCUACCCAGAAAUUGCUCCUGAAUUCUCCCUAACAAAUCCUAUAACUUCAUAUAGUACAACGGAGCACAGGUGCACAGGCUGUCCUUGUCAGGCCGGGAGGCGUCCAGGCCCUUCGCAACCACCAAGGCCUUCGCAGGCUCUUCUUCACUCAUUCAUUCAUUUAACAAUUACGCGAUGGGCACGAUCGCAGGGCCGUUUCGCAGGGCCCCCGCCCCAGUCCCGGAACACCCUCAGCCGCCAGGCGCGGCCAGGCGCGGGGCCCGGCGCUUUGCGCAUCCCCCGGACGCUGUCGCCGCAUCUCUCCGCGGCGCGCUCCGCUCCGGUAACCCGCGUCCCAGCCGCGGGCCUGGGGCCGCACCGGAGCGCCCACGCCCCCCGCCCUGCCAGCCCUGGGUCUCGGGCCUCCGCCCCGAUUCGCCGCGUCAGACCUGCCGGGUUCGUGGAGCGACGGAGCGCGCGUCCAUGGAGACACCCCACCCCAGGGUUCAGCGACCCUCCGCGCGCGCGACGCCCGGACCCGGGGGCCUGGGAGGGUGGGUCGGGACCACCGGCCACUCACCUCCUUCGGGUCAGAUCCGAGGGGCCUGUUCUAAGCCGUUUGAAACCGCUUAGGCCGCCGCACACCCCGCAGUGUCCUCGAUGUUUAUUGGUUCUCGACAGACCGCCCAUCGCUCUGCUAUUGGUCCAUUUGAAGGGACUGUGGGCACGCGCCGCCCGCAGCCUUAAAGAGGCCGUGCGCAGCAGCGUUUCCUGGGGGGUACUCUCGCUGCUUUCUCCCGUGGAGAGAAGGAGGGUCACUGGAGCGAAAGCUGCCGAUCACCCGGCAAAGAAGCGCAAAAAAGCCCAUUUCUCCAUAACCCCCUCAAAUACAGGCUCUUCAAGAAUUUUGACCACAGAAGCUCCAGCUCCACCAAAGAGGAAGGAGGCAGAAGCGAGAGAUAGGGACCUCAUUAGAGGGAGUGUGGGGGCUACAGGGGGAAAAAACACUGAGAAGGGCAAGAUAAGUGAGUUCUUGGCUUUUUGUAUCUUGGAGAAUAAAGUAAGCACACUGUGUAGCUUGGAGCUAACUUCAGCCUGGAGUUUACAUUCAGACCCUUCAUUAGGCUGCCUGGAUCUGUUUUAACAUCACGUCAUGUCAGGGAGUCUAAAGUUGUGAGAUGGAACCUUGGUUGGAUAUAAAACUCUUGUUCCCUAUGCUGAGCCUCUGCCAGCUGGUUAAUGGGAGAAGGAUCUGGAGAGAAAAUAAAUGGGUGAGUGAGGGAAUGUUUCAAAACAAAGGCUGGGACACAUCCCCAAACACACAUCCUAUUAAAUGGUUUAGUUGAGUCAUCUUCACAUAUGAAGGCAAAGUUAUAGAUUGUCUCCUAAGCAUAAUAAAGGGCUUAAGAAACAUUCUUUAAAUCAGUGCCCAAAGUGGGAAUAACUGUGCUUACUAAAGCCCUUGAAUGUCAUCUUAGAACCUUGUGUACCCUUAGCUCUUGUACAUGCUUUUUCUAAGUUCCUCUGCAGCAAUUACUUUAUUUUCUGCAAACCUAGGUUUAGUGAAAGGUUCAUUUCAUGGAGACCUCUCCAUGGGCCACAGAGAUCUUUCCAUCUUAGCUCCCACGUUUGUUCAUAUAACAGAAAGAAGGGCAGUGACUGUAUUGUGAAUGUAAUUAGUUUGUAAAAAUAUAAUCCAAUUUGUUAGAAUUUGACUCAUCAUCAUCAUCUAUAAAUCAGUUUCAGGUUUUAUAUCCAGAGAACAGACAAGGUGUUUCCAACCUUUGCUUCUCGUCCAAGAUUCUCUGGAACGAACAUAAUACAAGUUUCAGGCUAGAAAUAACCUUGGUAGUAGUCAUCUGUUUCAAUUUUUUCAUUUGGUCAGGAAGGGAAACUAAGAGCCAGUGCAUUUUUGUCACCUGGAAAUGGGGUGAUGGUCCUUGAUACUGUUUCUAAAAUUCUCAUUUGCCAGUGGCCAAGUUCUUGUCAAGACCUGGGCCAUUAGGCCAGCCCUGUUCUUUCUCAUCUCCUGCUGAACUGACAGGACAAAGGUUAGCGGGCCACUAAGGCUAUGCAGUGCUGAAUGCCUGAUUAAACUAGCUGACAUGUCACAAGAUAGAAAAUGCAUCCACCAAAUUUUGUUCUCCCAGAAAUGUCUUCAGUUUUCCAAGAAAAUGGUGUGUAUUCAAUGCCAUUU